UCUAGAUUGAUUAGCGUCUUGUUUCUCCUCGAAAUUCUUCAAAAAAUAACAAACAACCCAGUGAACCGCUAUGUUUUUCACCAUUAUUAUGAUAUUUUUAUAAUAUUUGCCAGUACUAUCCAUUUUACAUGAGCGAAACGGAGAGCGACGGAGACGCAGAAGUCGAGGGCGUCCUGGAUCCGGAUAUCUUCUCAUCGGACAGCAGGGAAUCCGAUCAGCCCGUCGUGCGCAGGCAAAACUGGCAGCGGAUUAUGACCCAGAAUCCCGACUUUGAUCCGGAUUAUGUGCUGCAAGAAAUGGAGGAUGCAUACAAUUCAGAUGAUGCCGGUGGGGAUGCAGAUAUAGAGGUGCCAUACAUAGAUCCUGAGGAGGAGGAAGCAGGGGCUCAUGGGCUAGUCGCACAGAUUCGCCAAGAGCUCUUGUUGCUUGAGGGUGAACUGGCGGAGCCUGGGGAAUCUCCUGAGCCAGUUGGAGAUCAGCAGCCUAUUGGGGGUGAUCCAGGGCCUUUGGAAGCUUUGCAGCUGCCGCCUGAGAAUCAGAUAGAAGCUCAGCAGCAACCAGAUCAGCUCAAUGAGAACCAGGAACCAGAUCUUGCUGUAGAAGCCCAGGCGCAACUGGCAGACCAACCACAGCCCAGAGUUCCUGCCGUAGUCCUGGUAGAUCCUCCGUCUAUGCCCAGUACUUCCCGUCGAAACCAAGGCGAAGAACCAGGUGUGAUCUCACUGGAUACACCGUCACCGCCGAAGAAACGGAAACGUCUCUCUGGCGCCGCCAAUAAAAGCCUCAAAAAAUCGCCCGAGGGCAAACCCACCAUUGUGGAGGACGAAGACGAUGGCCUUACCUGCCCCAUUUGUCUAGAUUCCUGGGAGAUGAGUGGCGAGCAUCGACUGGUCUCCCUGCGCUGUGGUCACCUCUUCGGCGAAUCCUGCAUACGAAGAUGGCUAAAUGAGAGCCAACGCCAAUCAUCCGUAAAAGUGUGUCCGCAGUGCAAAACUAAGGCCACAUUCAGGGACAUUCGUCACCUGUAUGCCAAGCGAAUCCAGAUGCUGGAUACGGAAAUUAGGGAGCAAUUGGAAGCGGAGCGCCGACGUACCCAGACCUUGACCACAGAGCUGGCCACCGCCAAGCUGGCUCAAACUCUAACCGCCGAAAAGCUAAUGCUCCUGCAGAAGGAUUACGAGCGGCUGAAGGAGCUUGUGAGGGCGGGCGGUGGUCGUGGAGCCUUUGGAGGCGAUGCAGAUGGCAGUGGUGGUCAGAAGGGCAUUCACCAGCUGGCCACACAUCGUUUGUACAUGGAGAAGAACUUUGAGAUCACCCGAGAGCCCGGCUGUCGAGUUCUACUCUAUUCCGCCAAGCACUCCAUGCUGGUGGCCUCCCAGAAGAGCGCGCAGAACCUAUUUCCCGGCUAUGGAGUGCGCUUCAUCGAUCCGCCCAGCUUUAAGCCACUGCACUUCCUGCACACCUCGGCGCUUUUGGUCAGGGACAUUGCAUUUAGCGAGUCCCAGCACUUGCUAACGGUGGCCAGUCGCGAGCCGAAGAUCAAGAUCUUUGACACAAGGACGCGGCUAUGCUCGUCCAUGUUCACCGCUCAUGACAGGAUGCUCUGGUCCUGCGCCCUGGAUCGCAACGAGCGUGAGCACUUCCUAUACGGCGGCGACCUGCGAGGAGGGGUAUACAUCUAUGACUUGCGGUUUCCCGAGAACAUACUCUGCGAGUUCCAAGCCGAAGAGAACUUUAGUCCUGUGAUACACAUAGUUCCAGUGCCACCAAACAAGACUUUUACCAGUGGCGGCUUCCUGGUCUGCCAGCUGACGGCCCUCACUUUCUACGAGUACGCCUCGGCCAAUGAUACGGCUGUGCCCACUCGGCUCAAUGUGGAGGGACCUUUUCUGUCAAUGCAGUACGAUGUCGUGCAGGACACGGUGCUCAUAUCGGCCCGCUCCAAUUCCACUUCACCCCAGUCGCGCUUUAUACUGUGCCGCCUGGACAAGAUAGACGGUACGCCGGUGCUUAAGGUGAAGGCCACCAUCUACGGCUCGAAGGCCACGCCGAUUAUGACGCGACCGACCCAACUGGGCGUCGAGGAUAAUACCCUGGUUGUGGGCUAUCUGCAGGACAGCAAGCAGCUGAUGAUGCACGAUGUACGGCGGGAGGAGCGGGUGCAAACGAUGCCCGUCAACGAGGUGAUCUACGACAUCUGCCCGGUGGCCACUCAGGCCGGAUCCUAUUUGGCCGCCCUCACCGACAAUAAAUGUCGUGUCUACAAAGUUAACAGUUCCAAGCGAUAAGAUAUGCCUGCAUGUGCAUUCAUUUUCCAUGAAAAUACCCAAAGAUGUCUUUAGCUGUAGUUGAUUUCUAUUAAACAAGAGACUGCUGGACGAACAUAUAAGCAUA